AGGCUUCCGGUAGAGCCGGUGCAGGUGGGCGGUCACUAAAAUAGCCUCUUCUGCUUAUUGGACUGUUGAGCGGGGUCGACCGCGCGUUCAUCACUGCGCCUGUGCAUUUUCUUUUUCCGUUUCCGUCCCCUUAAAUGGUCGGCCGACGGUUGCUAGGCAACAGUCCCUGGGUUACUUCGGAUUAGGGUCGCCGAGGCGGUUCCGGCGGAAAAAAGGACUUGCCUUAGUCUCGGCUUUUUGGAGAAAGCGUCGGAGUUGCCGACAGCCGUGAAGUGGAAGAGAGGGAGGGAUUUGAACAAAUAAAGCUGACACUGAGGAUUGAUAUUUUGAUUAUUUCAAGAUGAGCUUCCUAUUACCCAAGCUGAGUAGCAAAAAAGAAGUAGACCAGGUGAUAAAAACUACCGCAGAGAAGGUGUUGGUUCUCAGGUUUGGCAGAGAUGAGGACCCCGUCUGCCUGCAGCUAGAUGAUAUUCUUUCUAAGACCUCUUCUGACUUGAGUAAAAUGGCUGCUAUAUAUCUGGUAGAUGUGGACCAAACUCCAGUUUAUACACACUAUUUUGAUAUCAGUUAUAUUCCAUCUACGGUGUUUUUCUUCAAUGGGCAGCAUAUGAAAGUGGAUUAUGGGUCUCCAGAUCACACUAAGUUUGUGGGAAGUUUCAAAACCAAACAAGACUUCAUAGAUUUGAUUGAAGUAAUUUAUCGAGGAGCAAUGAGGGGAAAACUUAUUGUCCAAAGUCCUAUUGAUCCCAAGAAUAUUCCCAAAUAUGACCUCCUCUAUCAAGACAUUUAGCACAUUCACUACUGUCAAGUUGAUGAGAAAGGCACAUCGUGAAGCGGUACCUGAAUCCAGCUGUGCUGUUUUUCUGGAGUCCUUCAGAAACACGUUCAGCAUCCUGGCAGGGAAGAGGUUUGACAUGUAUGGAAAAUACCGGCCCCCAAGCCGAAGACCAGACUGGCACUGUGACAAUCUGGGACGCCUACAUGUCCACUACCCGCUGCAGACCUCAGGCAGUCACGUCAGCCCUGGGCAGUUUCCCCAGUGCGGUUAUUUCAACUUCUCUUUAUAUUGUGCUUUUCUUUAUUCUUUCAAAUAAUACAGAAUCCUUCCAAACAUUAGCUAGUACAGUUUGAUUCAACUGUGUUUAUUUGACACACAAGUAAAACAGAAAGUCAGUUCCCAUAAGAGCAAAAAUACUUACCUUCUACCCUAGAUGUACACACGCACUCCCCCUGCAUCAACCUCAACCCAUGCGCUCCUCUACUCAUAUUUAUCUCAUGCCUACCUAUCUCCAGUCCCUGUUAUCCCGGUUUCUCCUGGAAUAAACGAUUCUCUGCUGAUA